AUCAUUUCGAGAUACCGCUGACCAGGGCGGCUCGUGUUUGCCCUUGUCGUCGCACUUUCAUUACUACCUUCGCUUCUUCUUACCCCUGCCGCUCAAACUGCGUGUUUCCACCAUGAAACCUAUACUUUUACCACUUCUAUUUUUGUACCUCACAGUAUCUCAGCCAAUCUCGGUGGUUCGAGAGCCGAAAGCACGAAUUGUGCCAGAAUUAGAUAUUAUCUACGUGGAAUGGCAAUCAGGAUCGCAAUCACAAAAUACAAUGUACACAGUUCGCCAUAAAUCUGAAUCAGAACAAGCGGCUUGGAAAUAUGUAAAAACUGGAGAAUCAAGUGUUCGAAUCCCUUUGGGAAUCUACAAUGACGGCGAUAGUGUUCACAUUCAGAUAAAAACAGAGAGAGGAGCUCAAAUAGUGGAGGACUGGACUACUGAAAUUGUUGUAGACGUCGCCAAAAAGAGUGUUCGAUCUGCUCCAAAGCGUCUCGCCCCGCCACCUUCUCAGCCAAUUGUUCAAGCUCCCGCUCCUGCUCACCACGCAAAUCACCAUGUUCAUCCCCAUCCGCACCAACAACAAACCCCAGUACAACCACAAACUCAUGGACAACAUUCUCAAGGUCAUCAUCAGGUUCCAGCGCAAUCCCCGAUUGCUCCGGCUGGUCCGAUUGUGAAUACACCGGGAUCCCUCGUGCCACCUCUUCAUUUUACCGCUAAUAUAAUGAAUCCGACAACGGUACAACUUAAAUGGCAACCUGCUAUGCCAGGAAAACAGCAUAUUUAUUAUUUGGUGAAUGUAAAACAACUAACAACGUCUUCCGGAAGUACUCUCCAAAACCAACAGAUUAAAACUGCUGCAACCAGCUUUACUUUGGGAAAGAUGAUAGCCGGUGAAAAAUAUGAGAUGACGAUCAGAAGCGCGACAAGCCAAGACACCAUUUCGAGUACAGCAUCUAUCGUGGAAAUCACUAUGCCAAGAGAAGAUGAUUAUUUCGAAAUUGGAAAUCUUAUUAUCAGCUCUCAUUUCCGGACUGCAACUCAAGGCAUUGUCAAUCUAACAUGGGAAGUGCCGCCAACAAUGCAAAACAAAAUUGUUGCAUACAAUGUGGAGUAUUCUGAAAUGGGAAACAGUAGAUACUGGCAAAAAAUUCAAUUCCAUGGUGCAUCCUCGUCUGCAGCUCUGCACCAUUUGAAAAGCAACACUGAAUACCUUUUACGAAUUAAAACAACACUGGCCAAUAAUAUUGUCACUGAAAGCGGACAGUUCCGGUUCCGAACUCCACGAGUGGAAACCAACCCAAUUAACAAAGUCGAUGUGAUCUACUCUCACGAUGUGAAUUCAGUUAAACUGCAAUGGAUGCUAGAACCACAUAUUCGACAGGAAAACGUGGCCGGAUAUGAUGUGUACUUAAGUCAGGAUAAGGACCUCCCGGACUCUCAAUGGAAACUCGUGCGGCUCAACAACAGAGAAUCGCAUCUUUCGCUGGAGGAUCUCAAAAGCUCAACCAUCUAUUUUGUUCGAGUAAAUGUUCGGAACACUGACGGAUCAGUGAUCCGUGCUCCGUCUGUUUACAGAUUCAAGACAAUUGAUAACACCGACGAAGAGGAAUUCGAAGGAAAUUCGCUUGCAUAUCGCAAUGUUGCUCCAGGAGAAGUUGAAAUUCGUUGGACAUUCCCAAAAAGCAUACUUGACAGUGUCAUUGGCGCAACUAUUCUAUACACAAAUCGCAAAGACCUCACUCCCGAACAAUGGCAAAAAAUUGAAAUUGAAGAUUCAAAAAAUACGACAGUUUUGCUCAAACACUUGACUGAAGGAGUGAGAUAUUCCGUUCAAAUUAUCCCAAGACUGUACACCGGAGACUAUGAUUUUGAAUCAAGAGAACUCUUUGAGUUCAAGACGGAUAAAAUGACUCGUGGAGUCACUCAAGGAUCCGAUGUACGAACACUAACAGGACAUCCACUAGCUGGUCCACAUUUUGAACAGAUGUCCCAUUCAGAAGCGGAAUUUAUGCGCAUUGUCAGCUGCAACCCCGACGAAAUAAAGUCUGGCUGCGCUUGGGAUGAAAUCUGUAUUAAUCGAGUUGAAGAUCGUAACAAAGGAUGGUGUAUUUCAAAUACUCUCCGGGACAGCAUCCUGAACUCCUAAGUUAAACCUCAUAGGUCCCUUGAUACUCAUAAUUUAAGUUCGACUGAACUUCCUCUCCUGGCCCCCUCAAACAAUGGGUGGUUUUCAGUUUUUAUGAACAGUUUUUCUAAAUUUGUGAUGUAGUUUGUUACAUUUUAUUCUGACAUUUUUCUGUGCGUGUGCCUUUUUUCUCUCUAUUCUCCUUUUUAUCAACUGGAAGAAAAUUACAAAACAAAUCAAGAAUCAACAA